GUGAAGGCAUCAGAAAGUAUCCAGCCUUCUAUCCAGCUCCAACAUGAAGUUCCUCGUCCUCGUCUUCGUCGCCCUCUUCGCCAUGGCCGUGGCCCGCCCCAACGAAGCCAACAUCGUUAGGCAAGAUUCUGAUGUCGGACCCGAAAAAUGGAGCUCUAACCUGGAGACCAGCGAUGGCACCAAAGUCGACUCCGAGGGAGUCCUGAAGAACGUUGGUACCGAGCACGAGGCCGCCGUCGUCCACGGAUCCUUCUCCUGGGUGGAUGAGAAGACCGGCGAGAAGUUCACUGUCACCUACGUGGCCGAUGAGAACGGAUACCAGCCCCAGGGCGCCCAUCUGCCUGUGGCCCCUGUCGCUUAAUUUGAUCAACAAAAAAUAUGACGAAAACAAUUCAAAUAAA